AUGAACUGGUAUCUAUUAUACCCAUGUAUCAUAUUGUACUUAUCAAUAUUAUCAAAUGCUUCAUCAAUAAUACAAAAAGUUCAUACACCAAUUGUUAAAUUACAAAAUGGUACAAUUUCUGGUAAUCACUUACCUAGAUUCAACCAAGACGUGUUUUUAGGUAUCCCAUUUGCUGAACCACCAAUAAAUGAAUUAAGAUUCCAACCGCCUCAAUCAUAUAACACAACAUGGUCUGGUAUUAAAUCUUUUACAGAGUAUGGUGAUGCUUGUUAUUCAGCUACUAAAUCAGUUUCGAACGCUACACAGUCUGAGGAUUGUCUUACUUUGAAUGUUGUAAAGCCACAUGGUUAUUAUGGGGAGAAGUUACCUGUUGUUAUUUGGAUCCAUGGUGGUUCUUUUGAUCAUUUAUCAAGUUCUUAUUCAUUGUUUAAUGGGUCUUUUAUUGUUCAACAAUCUGAAAUUUUAAGAAAACCAAUAUUAUUUGUUUCGUUUAAUUAUAGAUUGAAUGGGUUUGGGUUUUUGAAUUCAAAUGAGAUUGUUGAGAAAGGUUGGACAAAUAUUGGUCUUAGAGAUCAGAUUAAAGCUGUUGAAUGGGUUCAUGAAAAUAUUGAAUCAUUUGGUGGUGAUCCAAAUCAUUUAGUAUUAUGGGGUGAAUCAGCUGGUGGGAAAUCAGUAGGGAGAUUAUUGAACAAUAAUAAAUAUUUAGGUCCAUAUAUUAAAGGUGGUAUCUUGGAAAGUGGUGCUAAUGUUUUCGUUAAUGUUCAAAAGGGGGUUACAACCUCAAAUCAAGAAAGUUUUGAUAAUGUUGUAAGAUAUUUUAAUUGUGAAUCAAAUUAUAAUAAUACAGAUGCCUUGAGUUGUUUACAAAAAGUUGAUGCUGAUGAUCUAAGAAAAGCAUUCAAUAUCAGUAAUGGAAUCAUUUCAAGAGAGUUCAAGUUCCCAAGUAUUGAUAAUGAUGUUGUACCAGACUCAGGUUAUAAUACGGUUAAAGCUGGUAAUACUACAUGGAAUGUACCAUUAUUAAUUGGUACAAAUAGUGAUGAAGGUAGUUAUUUCACAAAUGUAUCCAUUGGAUCGGUGCAAGAAUCUAAAGAUUAUCUUAGAACGCUCUAUCCAAACUUGAAAUCUAAUUCAAUUGAUAAAUUGAUUGCUUUAUAUCCAAAUAAACCAGGUACAAUAACUCCAACUGAUCCAAAUUAUGCUAAAGGCCCAAUAAAGUACCCAGAUUCAAUAGGAGAUCAGUAUAAGACCUUAACAACGUUAAACAGUGAUGUCUUGUAUAUAGCAGCAACCAAGAUCACGGCUCAAGCUUAUGUUAAUCUAAAUCAACCAGUUUAUAAGUAUAGAUUCAACAUCCCAAAUCUAGAAACCAAUGGAGAAGAUUAUUAUAAAGGUUCAACACAUGGUCAAGAAGUUCAAUAUGUUUUCAAUAAUAACGAAUCAUUAAAAAAGUCAAAUGAAGUUAAUAAUAAAGUUUAUGGAAUUUCUGAUACACUUUCAAAACUUUGGAUUUUUUUCAUUAAUGAUUUGAAUCCAAAUCCUAGAUCACAUUCAGAAAGAAGAGGUUUUGAAGUUGAAGUCCCAGAGUGGCCAUUAUAUAAUGAUGGUGAACAACAAGUUGUUUUUGAUUUGAAGGGAUUUUAUGUUGAGCGUGAUAUACAUAGAAUAGAACAGUUUGAGUUUAUUGAAAGUAUUAUUCAUGAAUUAGAUGGUUGA